AUGUAAAAAAUUUAUGAUGAUUAUAAGAGAUUUCAAAUGGACCUUGAAUUCGUUUAAUUGCUUGCCAGCCCUUUUUAUGUACAUCAACUUGCGAUUAAAGAUUAUUUUGAAGAUGAUUAAUUUAUCAACUACCUACAAUACUUAUUAUACUUUAAAGGGUCUGAGUAUUUAAAAUACAUCAAAUAUCCAGUGUGCAUAAAAAUAUUAGAUUGUUUAUAGAAUGUAGAGUUUCGAAAGUAAAGCAAUAAAUUCAUUAAUCUUAUAGACAAAUGAAGGAUUAUAAUUUUGUUUGUAAAAUUGACUAAUAAAUUGCAGUGACAUUUGGAAUAUUAUAAAAUAAAUGAU